AUGACUGGACAUGAGAAUGACUCCGCAGGCAUGUACAAUCCUCGUACGCACUCGAAAGUUGCCGAAAAGGAAGGAUUUCAUAUGGGAGGAACAGAUGAACCAAGAACAUUAUAUGUGGGGAACUUGGAUCCUUCAGUAACCGAGGAGUUCAUUGGGACAUUGUUCGGUCAGAUUGGAACUGUGACAAAGACUAAAGUCAUAUUCGAUGUACGUUUUAUUCUAUCAUGCAUUGUUUGUGCUAGCACUAACGAGAUUUCAGAUUAG